UAAAAAAGUAAAACCUUGGGGCGCCUAGGUGACUCGGUUAAGCGUCUGUCUCCUGAUCCCAGCUCAGGUGAUCUCAGGGUCUUGAGUUCAAGUCCCGCCUUGGGCUUUACUCUAGGUGCAUAGCUCACAUAAACAAACUUAAAAGAAAUAAUCAUCCUACUUUCAUGGCAUUGUUAGGAGAUAAAAAUAAGAUAUUUCAGGAUCCUUGGUGUCUGGAAUCUAGAAGGUGUUAGGUGAAUGUUGUGGUUGCUGGGGGUGCGGUGAAGUCGGAUUGUUUUGAGGGCUGCAUCCUUCCUGGGCUGGGGCUCUGGCAAGAACGGGUCGGGCUCUGCCCUCUGGAAGGGGUUGUUAAACCCCUGUAGCCAGGAAGGAAUACUCGGCGACUAUUCACACGAGGGCCAUGUAGACGGGAUCCUGAGUGAUGGCAAGGAAGGGAAGGAUGUUCCAGGCACAGAAGUGCAGAGGUGGGCAGAAUCACUGGUUGCUGGGUACAGCAGAAAGAGGAUGGAGACUGGCCAGAGGAAAUGGUCUUGGGUGGGGGGAAUCGGGACCAGAAAGCAGGCUAGAGGGCCACAGGGCCUCAUCCUGCCCAAGCCAGGGCUGCCGGAUGAGAGGGGCUUCCUCUUGAUUCUGGAAGCCCUAGGGAACCACUAACCACCUCAGGGAGGGCCCCAUGUGGCCAAACUCGUGGUUGCAAGCAUCCAGCUGCAGCUGGGAAAUGGGUUGGUGGGCAGAAUCGAGGGUGGGAAAGGAGAGGAAGGAGUAGGGGACAGACUGAAGAGCUAUGUAGGUGAGGACAAGAGAGCCCUCCGGGAAGUAGAUCCACAGAGGGUUCUUGAAUGAUGCAGAGGGCUCUUCCAGCCUCCGUCUUUCCUCUUCAGUGUACAACCUGCAAGAGCUGUGGUUAAGGGGGCACCCAUUCUCCUUGGGGGGAGGAGGAAGCAGAGCAGCUCCCUGGGGGAGGGGACGACAAGGGCGCUCCCAGCGGAUCGUCAAGAUGAGCUCUGGCCGAAGGCCCACCGCCACUCAGAGAAGGUGCUCUGAUAACCCACCCACGUCCUUGCCGUGGCAGCCCGGGCCUCUCUUCUCCCUCCUUUGGGAGCCCGGCGGGUACCGCCCGGACGAGCAGGGGCGGGGCCCGCGAGCGGUUAUAGUCGGAUCCACGGCGCUCUGGCUCCCCGACGCCGCCGCAGUCCCCGCAGGGCGCCGAGACCCGGUUGCGUUAGUUCCUGGCCUGCCCCGCCGGGCGGCCGUGCACGUGAGCAUCCUGGCGCGGGGCACGGGGGUGCGGGGCCCUGCGGGCCGGCCGGUGCUCGCAUUGUUGCUGCUGCUGCUGUCGCUGCCCGCUGACGCCUGGUACAAGCACGUGGCGAGUCCCCGCUACCACACGGUGGGCCGCGCCGCGGGCUUGCUCAUGGGGCUGCGCCGCUCGCCCUACGUGCAUCGCCGCGCGCUCGCUGCCGGACCCGAGCCAUCUGCCAGAGACACCCUCCUUCCGGCGCCCGUCCCCCGAGGUGCUCUUCUGCUGCCCUCUGGGGUUCGGGAACUGUUGGAGACCGGAAGGCACUCGCGCGCAGGGCUCCGGGUCAGUGCGCCUUGGAGCUGGCGCCACCCCGAGCGCGCGCCGGAACUGGAGCCAGGGCUCCUCCGCGGAGCAGGCCAGAGCCUUUGGAGAAUCUCCUGUUCAGCCACGGUCUGCCCAGAGAACCGCGUUCGCCGGACCCCACGUCUCCAGGGCUAUCCUGAGCACCACCCCUGCUGGCAAUGCCCUUUCUCCUGACCCAGGCAGAAUACAUUAGUUCUCUAGGGCUCACAGCGACUGGUCAAUAAAUUUGCCUGGUUCAUGUGUC